CAUAAAAACUCUGGACAAUCUCUAGCCUUCACCACUCCGUGGUCUGUACAGAAGAAAGGGUUCAAAAAUAAAUAGAACAGAAUCCCAAUUCCCACGACGAGACCCUCUCUCCCCCCACAUUUGACAUUCUCUCUCUUCUCUUUAUUUUUCCUUUCUCUCUCUCUCUCCCUUGAUAGAGAGAGGGGAGAGAAAUCUCUUGUUUUCUCAAACCUCGGUCCUCCCUCCAAGUACAAAUCAAAUUGAGAAAAAACUCUGAAAAGAGCAAAAACCCAGAAAGAAGUACAUGAUACCACCGCAAGAUAGAACAAGGAGGAAAACAACAGCAAAAAAAGAGAGAAGACAGGGGUGUUGGGUUUGGGAGGGGCAGACGGAUGAUGAUGUCCAACAACAACAACAACAACAACGGCGCCGCGGCAGCUACAACCGAAGAUACGUCGACGGGCAGUGGGGCCGGUGGAGGCCUGAAAAAAGGUCCUUGGACAGCAGCGGAGGAUGCAAUUCUAAUUGAGUACGUGAAGAGGCAUGGAGAAGGCAACUGGAAUGCUGUUCAGAAGAACUCCGGCCUCUCUCGAUGCGGAAAGAGCUGUCGUCUUCGUUGGGCCAACCAUCUCCGCCCUAAUCUCAAGAAGGGCUCCUUCUCUCCCGACGAAGAGCGUCUUAUUCUCGAGCUUCAUUCCAAGCUCGGCAACAAAUGGGCUCGCAUGGCUGCUCAGCUGCCCGGAAGAACGGACAACGAGAUAAAAAACUACUGGAACACCAGAGUCAAGCGACGCCAACGGGCCGGGUUACCGCUCUAUCCACAGGAUAUACAGAAACGAGCGACUGCAUGCAACCUGAACCAGCAUCACCAGCCCCACCUUUCUCCUUCUCCUCCACCUCCGGUGCAGCUCUCAAUGACCCAACAACCGAAACAAAAUUAUGGGUCUCCUCUCUCGCUCUUCGACUCCGUGAAUAUUCCCAUGACGACCCCUCUCAUCGCCCAACAUAGUGCCCCUUUACUUCCUACUCCAAUUCAUCGAUUCAAGCAGUUACGGGACAACAAUAAUGCUGGUUUUUCUUUCUCCUCUUCUCCUCCUACACCACUACCACCUUCAUCGUCUUUGUUUGGUGAGUCUCUCUCGACCCAAUUGCCGCCAAUUCCAUCCCUUCAAUUCAAUUCCGGCCAUUUUGACCUCAAUCCACCGACUAUUCUGCAAACUCCUUUUGAACCCGACGGAAUUACUCCUUCAGGUUCUGCUUUCUCCACGAAGAUGGAGCUCCCUUCAAGCCAAUUGCCCCAGCCCGCAGCCACAGCUGCCGCUUCGGGCACCACAAACGAUUACAAGAUUCCCCCCCUUGCCCGGAGCAACAGUGGGUUAUUGGAUGCUCUGUUACAGGAAGCCCAAACUAUGGCUGCUUGCGACGAAGAUUCUAGGAGAGAAGGAUUGUCAGGAGACAAGUGUGGAUUAAAUGGAUUGCUUGGUAAUGCCCUGCCGUCUGGGUUAGUUUUCAGCGAGUUAGGAUCUGUCAGCCAGUGGGACGAAUCAAACUCUGCUCACUCGUCAAUAGGGGCGAAGACAAAGACAGAGCCAAUAAAUGAGAUCAAUUCAGUGUUGGACGAUGACCUAUCGGGCCUGCUUGAUAUCAUUCCAUCGACCAUGUCAGUCCCGGAGUGGCACAGCGAUAGCGGCGAAAUAUCAAAUGGGCAAUCGUCGGGUUUGACGGACGACGAUAUCGGACUCGAAAUGCAGCAACUAGCUUCGUCCCUCUCAACUGCCUCUGCCACCACCACAGACCCAGACUGGACUCUCGGCUCCUGCUCUUGGAACAACAUGCCCGGAAUUUGCUGAGAUCUCUCUGAGACCUUCCAUUUUUUUAGUCCAGUGAUUAGAGAGGUUGAUGAGCCAUUUUAUUUGUUUAAUCUCUCACUUUCGUGAGGUUCGUCCUCAAUGGGGCUAAUUUAUCUCGUUCAGUUGUUGUGCUGUUUAAAGCUUAAUUCUUUAACUUGCAGAGAAUUAUGAUUUUCAAAUAUAUUUA